UAAAUUUCAAUUCAAUUCGUAUUCACAACUUUUGCAGUAUCAUUCAAAAUUAAAAAAAAAAAAAACAUGGCCCAAUCGACUGUAGCGCACAUAGUCGAUUAUCCCAACAAACCGGUGGCAUUCCUCAAACAGCUUCUGCAAGCCGUCGCCCAACCAGAUGUGCUGCAAUAUAUGAAUCUGGCCACCAUCGAUGAGGAAUUCGGUGUUCUCAACCGCACCGUGCUCUAUCGAGGAUUCAGCGAUGAUGAAUGUGUGAUCUACGUCACCCAGCGAUUCACCCGCAACUACCAGAAUCUGAAAGCGAAUGCCAAGUGUGCCAUUACCUUCCUAUUCCCCCAGGCACUGCUGCCGGAGCAAGGACCCAAUCCGCUCACUUGGCAGGUGCGUCUAAUUGGCGCCAGAGCCGUGGAGCUGCCCGAGUCCGAGCUGGAUGCGUGGUGGGCCAAGGAGCUACUGCCGGCCCAAAUACGUGCCAGUAUCUUCCCCUGUGGCAAGCCGGUGGACUAUGACCAGCUCAAGACCAAACACGAUCAAUUCCUCAAGGAUCAUCUGGAAAGUGGGAAGCCGCUGCAGCGUCCACCCACAUUCACCGCUUUCAAGUUUCCGACACUGCGCUGGGACUUUAUGAAGGUGGGCGUGAAUCAGAUUGCGGAUCGCUUGCAGUAUCGCCAGCAUGACGAUGGCCAGUGGCAGGUGAUGCACGUGUCCACAUAAUACUUGAGGCAACAUAUACUUGACUCGCCU